AUCCAAUGACAAUGAUGAUACAUAUUAUGUUGAGCAUCUUUUGGGAUGCAUCUGCACUGUAGAAUUAAUCACCUUGAUACUACUUGAAGAGCCAUGAUUCAAUGCUAUGGAAUCCAGAGAUUUGUAGUUUGGUGGGUUCUGGCAAAGAAGACAAAUGAUCUCCCAUGAUUCCAUGGCAUUUUCAAGUGAGGUCAAACUGCAUUCAUUCUACAGUGUAGAUGCACCCCCUGUCAUUCAGUUACCCCAAAACCAGCUUUGUAAUGUGGGAUGAAAACCACCAACUUGUGCUUCCUCUCUUUCUCUGUGUGUCUCUCUUUUUCUCAGCCACUUCCUCUCUUCGUUCUCUGAACGGCUUCUCCUAUCUCUAGGAAGCCCUCGUGAAAGAUCUUUGCUAGCCGGGGCUUUCCCAAAAAAGGGUUUCAAUGUUGCAUCCGAUUAUGCCACUUCCUUCGCCACUCCCUUUCCUGUUAAGUAACAAAACGCUGGCUUCCUCUCUCUUCCUUUUCUUCUUCUUCUUCUAAUUUUGCCACACCUCAAGUCUGUCCUUUUUUUUUGAAAAUGUAUGAUGCCAAGCCCUGUAAGUAGGCAUCGGUCUGCUUGGAGGGUCUCUCAGGAUGGGUAGAUGGAAACCUGCUGGCCAUGGGACAGGUGCCAUCCCAUAAGCCUCAGUGGCCCUAGGAAGGGCCAGUGUCAACGGACCACGUGGCCAGUCCUUGGCCAGACCAUACAGCCACAGUGGGCCACAACAGCAGAAGAGAACUGUCCAUGCCGACUGUUUAUGAAGUGGGGAAACAGUACCCAGAGCCAGAGUAUCCAGAGAGACCCCUUCCAAUGUCCCAGCAUGAGACCUCUCCAACAGCACUGCGACGAGCCAGCAACCAUCGACGGGCCAACCCCUGCUGCCUUUGCUGGUGCUGCUGCUGCAGUUGCUCAUGGAAUGAAGAUCGAGAGCGGGCAUGGAGGGCAUCACGAGACACCAAACUGGAGACCAUUCCAAACUGUGAAUCCUGUGCCAAGCCGACCUCUGAGGAAAUCAAGUGCUGGUCGCAGUCAUUCGACAAGUUGAUGAAAAACCCAGCUGGCAGGAACGUGUUCCGGGAAUUCUUACGGACUGAGUACAGCGAGGAGAAUAUGCUUUUUUGGCUGGCUUGCGAGGAACUCAAAAGCGAGUGCAACAAGCACGCCAUUGAGGAAAAGGCACGGAUGAUCUAUGAGGAUUACAUCUCCAUUCUUUCACCCAAGGAGGUCAGCUUGGACUCGCGUGUGCGCGAAGGCAUCAACCGCAAGAUGCAGGAGCCAUCCUCACACACAUUUGAUGAUGCACAGCUACAGAUCUACACCCUAAUGCAUAGAGACUCCUAUCCCCGUUUUCUGAACUCUACCAUAUAUAAAACGUUGAUCCAGAGUGUCUCCCGAUCAUCCUCAGAGUCCUAAGCAUCCUAUCCCACAAACAACUGCCUGGUGGUACAAAAUACAAAGUGAUGGUUCCUCUUUCAAGCAUCAGGUGUUAAGUUUUAUGGAGGAAAAUUGGCUCUCCCCACUUGGUCAUGCAGAAUGAAGACCUAAAAUGAUACCCCUGGUACAGAAGAACCCCUAAUCCUCCUCAGCUGUGAACUACAGCCUGGUUUGUCCAGUUACUGGAAAGAUUACUCCCAUUUAGCCCAUCUGGUCUUCUUCCAACAACAAAAAACUGAACUGUCAUGCAAACCUCAAACUCAGGCCUCUGCUUUUACUACUGAAUCCAUGUUGGCAAACUAGUCUUGUCUGGCCACACAGAAGAACUGGAGUACAGGAGGGGGCAACCAACCCAUGAGGGUGGGGGGUGAGUUGGGGAAACCUUGGGCAUCAUUGAGUGAAAAAAAGGCCAAAGUCCACAUUUUCUUAAUGUUGUUCUCUCUUUGAUCUGUCUCUUUUUCUUUUCUGUUUAAACAAAGAGUUAUUUCCAUGA